GUUAAUAAGAAUGUUGCCCUUAUUCAAAGUUUUCUCCUUGAUUGUCAGGGUCUUUGCUAGGCCAGUGAUAGCAAGAACAAAGGCUGCGCAUUUAAAGCAGGCUCAAUCAGGACACACUACUUGGAUCAAGAAAUUUUAUGUUCGUCUUGGAAACUUUUAACAUAGAUGGGACGUAAUGAAAUUCUGAAAUCUAGUAAAAAAUAGACAGCAAAUUUAUGGGUAUUGAUAAAAAAAGUAGCGAUUUUUUCUUUAAGCCUUUGAAUGAUGAAGUGGCGUUAGAAAAAGUAAUCUAAUUAAUAAGUUUGUAAGGGAGUCGAAUUCUUUUACGAAAUCCUUAUCUAUGCAUUGUUGAUAACACUUCCCACCUAUGAAAUGUAUUCUGCAUAACAAGACUCUAAGAAAAAGAGUGAAUAAAAUACUUAGAAAUUAAAUGUAAUACAAUAUCUAAGCUAGAAUUUGAUGAGAUAAAUUGAAGAGAAUAAAUAACACUCCUAGAUUAACAUCUAAAAAUUGGAUGAAUAAGACUAAAUCAGAUAGGAUCUAUUGAAAUAACUCAACAUCCUUUCAGUGUAAUCCUUUGCACAGUUAGAUGAUUUAUCAAAGGUUUUGUUUCGAAUUUAUAGUAGAAUUGGAAUCUAAAAUCACAAUAAUUGAUUGAAGAAAAUCAAAGGCUAAAAUAUGAACUAGAAAAACUCAAAAAGAGUUCUUUCAAAGAUGAAAAUCAAUGA